AUGGCGCAAGCGUCACUUCCUCAUUCCGAGGUUGAUAAGGUAACAUCCGACCCCAUGUCUUCAUGUGAUUUUGUCAUAACUACAACCGAACCGCCAACAACAACAAAAAAGACACCAACAAGCUUAGGACCAUCUCCUCCAGUGAUUGGCAACCGACCCCACGUAGGACUGCAAGACGACUGUGGCGAAUACUCGAGUAAAGCUAUCUGUGGAGUUAUGCACAGUUCCUGUGUGAAAAAAGACAUAGGCUGGACGUUUCCUACAAGAAUACUGGAAGACGUGUACCGAUUCGUUAUCAAUUCAGAUGCUCCUAUCAACACAGAAGUCGGCCAUAUUCACCUCAUUAACGUGGACAGAUUCGUGAUUGGAAGCACCCUUACGUUAGUGCCAGAUGCAGCAGGUUUUAUUGUCAGUGAAGGAAGCUUAAUGAAUUCAAUAACUUUGACUAAAACUGUAAGCACAAAUUUCAUCAGUUCUCUACGUCUGACGUUGAUCAUAUCGGCACAUUUAACUGAUGGUUCAACACUCACGGAUCACACUGCGGUUAUUAUUGAGCCUAAAAUAAUUUCCGUGGAGACAGAGGAAAUCAUUCUAACUGAAGGAACACGACGUGGUUCUUUCAUUUCUGAAGUUCCAGGACUAAAUAAGUACUCCAGCUCGGAAGACCAAGUCUACAAACUGACAGGAACAUACAGUGACUUCUUCAGUGUUGAUGCUCACGGUGACAUUUUAUGUGAUAAAACUGUUUCGUUUGAGGAAAUGAGUCAGAGCUCAGAUAUCUAUGCAUUUGUGACAGAGCUGGAUAUAAGCAAGGGACACCACAAUGUUGCGAAAUUGUCUAUUUUGGUAGUACGUGACACCUUCAGUGUUGACAUCCCAGAAGACAUCGUAGUGAACAAAAUCAUAGGUCGUUUAGGUUUUCAUUCAUCAUCCAGUUUGCUUGAUUUUAAUAUCACUGAUACAUCGCCCCAGGCUGUAUUCUUUAGGUAUUUUAAUUACACCCGAUCCGGUGCUAUCGAAAAAUCGUACAUACCACUUGCUUUCACAAAUGCAGACACACGAAAAUUUGUCUUCGAUAUCCGCAUUAAAUGGCAAUCUCAGCAAAACUAUAUAAAAAUUCCUGGUGAAUUUAUUGUACAAGAUGUAAAUAAUAAUCCCCCUAAAUGCGUCAGCAGUGAGUCCGUUUUUCAGGUUAUCUCCGGUACUCCAUCGAGGUCGUAUAUAGGUGUGAUCCAGACAUCGGACAUCGACACUGUCGGCACUGUAACAUACACUAUUAAUGACCGUUUCUACUCAAAAGUGUUUGCUGUAACAAAGCAUAGUGGCGUCAUCACCGCUAGUCGGGCAAUCAUUGCCUCGCAGUUAGGAAAUCGGAUUAAUUUCACUGUCAACGCCGACGACGGUUUUGGCGAUACAGAUUGUCGUGUUGUUGUUGAGAUUAUAAAGCUAAGUGACGAAGAUUCAAAUCUUGGUUUAACAUUCAACGGGACUCUAACAGAGGAGCAAACUCCGCCUGUUCAUGUGGCAAAUGUCUUCGUGCAGAAUUAUACCAACUUCAGAUUCAUGACCACAAAAGACGAUGAAUACUUCGCACUGAAUUCAACAACUGGAGAUGUUACGUCUAAACUGAAACUUGACAGAGAGAAUCUGACGUACGGAUUUCAUGGAAACACUGCAACCUACGGGAUCCAAGCUAAUUUAGACGACGAGGAUUCUUGCAAAAUAACGAUUAUGGGAGAAUUGACGAUCACCGUAGCUGACAUAAAUGACAACGCACCAUGUUUUCUUAUUACUGACAACAACUGUACAUCAUCAGCUACCUUUCAUGGCCGUGUCAUGGAAAAUACCACCGGUAAACAGGAAGUUAUCUUCAAUGAUCACAAGAAACUAAGAUUCUUUGAUCCGGAUGAAGACGACAAUGACAAGUUGGAAGUAAAACUCAUUCCAGAUUUGGGUGUCUUCUGGUGUAAUGUUACAAGCAACGCUAUUCAAAUGUUUACCAACGUUAUAUUAGACAGGGAGACGAUUGACCACAUUAACGUAACACUUCGUGUUGUUGAUACCAGUAGUACCCACACAGCCACUGCCACUUUGUCGAUUUCGAUUCUUGACAAAAAUGACAAUCCACCGAUAUUUACGGAACCCUCAUAUGAAUACAACGUAACAGAGAAUACAAAAAUCGGAUUUACAGUAGGAGUGGUAAACGCAACCGACCAGGACAUCGGACCAAACGGAAGAAUACAAUAUUCAAUGUACAGCAGCUACUUUAGCGUCGAUGAAAAAACUGGCGUAAUAACGACAACAAAUAACCUUGAUCGAGAAUCGAUAGCAAGUUUCAAUAUAACAUUGUUAGCCAAAGAUGAUGGUACUCCACGUUUGACAUCUACAACGACGGUGUCUAUUCAGAUAUGUGAUAUUAACGAUAAUACUCCUAUAUUUACCAAACAAGAAUACCAAUUCUGUGUUGAAGAAAAUAAUAAUUGUAAUGUUUCACUUGGUUCGGUUAAAGCAACAGAUGAAGACAUCGGUAACAAUAGUGUGAUUAGAUUUACGGUCUCCAGAAUCUUGGAUUUCCGUGUGGACGACAAUGGAGAACUCUUUUGCAUUCGUAGUUUAGACUAUGAGUCGAACCCGGUUCCUAGUGUUGUCGUUACGGCUACUGAUGGCGGUAUUCCUGCCAGACAUUCAACGACCCAUAUAGUGAUCAAAGUCUUUGAUACGAAUGAUAACCCUCCUUUGUUUACAGACAAAAUCACGGUUGUGAACGUUACAAAUUAUGAUUUCGAACAUUCUCCAAAGCUUGUUGCACUAUUGCAAGCAACAGACCGAGAUUCAGGAGAUAAUGGAAAAUUUCGUUUUGAACUCUGUAGUGAAUACAACAAGUCGUUUACUGUGGAUGAUAAUGGUGCGUUGUAUACAACAGGGAAUAAACCAGAUCAAUCGCGUAGCACAGACUGCAAUGUUGUAGUAACAGAUUGUGGAAAUGAGCCAUUGUCCUCUUCUGCCAUAAUAAGAUUCUACUUUACUUCAGUAGGUGGUGGUGGUGGUGGUGGUGGUGGUACUGGAUCAGGAAUAGCAUUCAAUAGUAGUAAAUUCACUUUUCAUGUGCUAGAAGUGAAUCCAGAUCCAGACGAAAUUGGCAAACUAUCGAUCGACAGUAGAAAAAAUCCUUCAAAUUACACUUUCACAAUGAUGAACUCUUUGGAUGGUGAGGUUAACAACAACAAUCUGACAAAAGAUAACGCAUCCUUUUAUCUUAAUCCUUGGAAUGGACAAAUCAACAAAACCGGCGUCCUCGAUCGAGAAACAAAGGAUUCAUACGCAUUUUUAGCCUCUGUUAACGACAUGGAAGAUACGGAUCUAGCAUUGGUGACUAUAAAGGUAGACGACGUGAAUGAACCGCCUAAAUUCGUAACCAAGUUGAAGCAGUUAGGUUUCUUUGAGAAUACUGUAAACAACACACAGGAUAUUCCCAACAUGGCAGAGGACAACGACCUAGGAGAAAAUAGAAUCAUGGUGUUUAGUCUUAUUAAACAGGAGCCGCCCUUGCAAGAAAAUCAGUUCAACUUUAACGUAAAUAGCGACAAUGGAAGUAUAUCCGUGGUGAAACCCCUCGAUUUCGAGACUGUGAAGCAAUAUAACAUUACAGUGGAGGUACACGACAAAGGAGUGCCGCCGUUAUCAGCAACACGAGUAUUUGAUAUUCUGGUGCUUGAUGUGAAUGACAAUGCCCCUACGUUUGUGAGCAACAGCAGCAGCGAAAAUUGUUUGUAUAAUAUUAAAGUUAAAGAAAACUCAGCUGUUGAUAGCAUAGUUCUGGAAUAUGCGAUAGCUGAUGCAGAUGGGAAUUUAGAUUUCCAAAGGAGCCGUUUUAGUGUAAUGGACCCAGAAACAUGUCCUCUUAAACCAGGUACGCAUGAUUUUCCGGAUGCUUCACUUUUGGUUAAGGUUAGUCUCGACUUUGAAGAACAGCAAGAACAUGACUGCACUAUAAUAGCGACCAAUAUUGCUGUUCCACACCUCAGUAGCAACUGCUCUGUACACAUCGACGUCCUGGAUGUGAAUGACAACACUCCCCAGACUCAUGGCCCUUACCACGUCAACGUCACUGAUGGAAAAAUUAAUGAAGUCAUUUUACAAAUGAAUGCUACGGACAAAGACAGUGACAUUAAUGGUCGACUAGUUUAUGGGUACAGUGUGGAAACAGAUUCGACAUCGUUUUUUGGCAUUGAUAGUAACAGUGGACGUAUCACCAUAAUAAAAGAUCUAUUUCAGUAUAUCUCCGCUGAAGCGAUACUUCAAGUAAAAGUUUCUGAUAAAGGCAAUCCAUCCCGCUCAAAUCAUACAACGGUAUACAUCAACAUCAUAUCAAACAACACCGCGCCCUGGUUCCAAGGUGGAUCCGAUUGCAAAGAUAGCGACAAGCAUAACCCCUCUCCAAACUAUUCCAUUAACAUAACAGAAGUUGAUGGUCGUGUCGCUGAUAUGAAUAACGUUCUAAACCAAAGCCUCAUCUCCAUCACUGCCUGUGAUAAAGAGCAGGGAAAUUUUGACAUAUGUAACUGUUCCUACGAAUUUGUUGAAAGCAAUGAUGAUUAUUUUGAGAUAGACAAAGUUACAGGAAUGGUACGACAAAUCCGCCCAGUUGAUAGAGAAAAAAAUCCGCGUUUCCAGCUGACUAUAUCUGCCACAGACAAUGGCAAACCGCCGAGGAUAUCACGCAAUAAAGCCGUAUUGAACAUACAUGUUAACGACUUGGAUGAUAAUCCGCCACAAUUUCAUCAAGAUUACUAUACAUUUAACGUACCAAAUAAUAGCCUUGUUGGGGAAACCGUUGGUCCACCGUUGCGGGCAACAGACCCGGACUAUGGAAUAAACAGCUCAAUCACCUACACUGUGAAAUAUAUAGAACAUAGUUCUUUCAUUUUUAAUAAUACAUCGGGACGUUUUCAAGUGUCAGAACCACUUACAAAUCAAACUGGAAAUCAAUUUUGGGUGAAGUUGACGGCGACUGGAGUAACAACGCCUAUUUUUAAGAACGUAGCCUUCGUGACAAUGACGGUUUGGUAUGAGGAUCUGAACAAAUCACCACCAAAAUUUGAUAAAAGUAGGUACAAAGCCACAAUCCCGUUCAGCGCAAAGAAAGGAUAUCAAAUCGGGUCAUUUCAUGCUGUGGAUACAGAUAGUGGAAAAAAUGGCGAAAUCACUUACCACUUGGAAAGCACAUAUUGGGACACGUUUAUCGUUGAUAGAAAAACGGGUACCAUCUCUUUGCUGUAUGACGUCAUAGAAGCGAUACCCUAUUAUGUUAGGUCCACUAAUUUGACGUUAUUAGCAACAGAUGGUGGCAACCAACCCAAGUCCGGGUCCUGUAUCAUCGAUAUUACUUUGACGGGUGAGGAAAAUGAAAAAUGUUCACCUGAAACAGCUCGUUCUACGGACGAUCCGUACGAAAUUCCACUCUAUGCAGCAAUAAGUGUCGCUGCCUGUCUGUUGUUGGCACUCGUCUCUGGCUUCCUAAUCAUGUUCUCAAGAAACAAGCAAGUUCUCAAUAAAUAUGAAAUGUCCCAAAAACGGUUGUCGUCGAUGGAUAAACAUUAUGACACGAGGACUGAACGUUAUCAGCGGCUAAGCAAGAAUAGGUUUAACGGGGAGUACAACAGAUCUUUUGACUUUGAAUUUGAUGACAAUCCCAUGUCUCCUAAGGAAGACUAUGACCAGCUGGACGAGUACGACCGUGCAGUGGAACCAACCCCUGAUUAUGAUGCGACAGCGUUUUAG